UUUUUUUAUUUUGCCCAUUUUCUUCAACAAGAUCGGAGAAGCGACGGCGAAAAUGGAGGAACGAAACGACAACGGAGACGGCGCCGGGGAGAGAAGUUUGUUGGAUGGAUCCGAUCAUUGGUGGUGGGCAAUGGGAAGUGGAGCUCAAAUCAUGUGGGGAGUGAGAUUGAUUCGGAGAGGUUACGCCGGCGACGUUCGAUUAAUGCCACUCAAAGCCUGUGGAGUCGCAUCGCUCUUCGUCGGCUCGUUAGCCACUAGCUCCAUCGCAGUAGUCCGCGCCACAGGGAUCCACACGGUUCAAGAUGCGAUUGAUCUUGGAGCUAGCAUUAGAACUAAUUUGGGGGUUACUCCUCAAAUACCCGAUAAGCAAAUCACGGAAAGAGACGGAUGAUUUUGUCAUGAACUGAUCGAGCUUGCUUGAAGCUCUGUUCUGUCGGAUUCACUAUGAGACGAUCAUGGAAUAGUUCUUUGUUUGGUUCUUCAACGAUGCUUCUGGCUAUUCGAGUUUGAUGUUCAUAUAGAUAGACGAAAUUUAGGUCGUCUUUGUCUGAAUCUUGGACAAGGGUUUUGAGUUCAUACAUUUAGAUGAUACUAUAUGUUGUUAUAGGUUGUGUGCUCUGUCUUAGUUUCCUUUCUUAAGAUCAAAGUUUUUAAACGGGAAACCUUGGCCUUUUUUUUUCAAUAAAUCAUAGCUCAAAAUUGACAAAAUUUAUAUAAUUAUAUAUAUA